GCUGGUCUGCGCCUGCGCACGGGAAGGGACGCUGGUGGCUGACGCGGGCGCCGGGAAUUCUGGGGGCUGCGCAGGUCUUCUCUAUUUGCUACUGGGAGGGAAAUCGAAGACUCUUUCCCCAUGGUCUUGGAUCCUUGACUUCAUGGGAUGAGGUUCUGGCUGUUUGGAGCCAGCAGAAAGCCAGGCCAGGUGAUUGAGGACAAAGUGUCUAUGUGUGUCAUCUGGUGUUGCCAGAACGAGGAGAAACAGACACCCAGCUGAAGCCAAGGCUGAUGACCAUGGCACACCAGGUCCUCCUCCCAUCAAAGGUAUCCCUGCUGGGCAUAGUGCUUUGGCUGCUGUCAUCUGCAGACAUCUCUUCAUGUCAUAAUAAUCAUGUCCAGAAGCAUUUCUCACUGAGCAGUCCAGAAAAGAGCAAUAUCCAGGAACAAAAGAAAGAGGCAGUGUCAGAGGAAGAGCUUGACAGUGAAGACCUGAAUGUGUUUUACCCCACGAACCAAUGGCAGACCCUUCAGCCAGGUCAAGCUGUCCCUGCUGGUUCCCAUGUGCGUCUGAAUCUGCAGACUGGAGAGAGAGAAGUAAAGCUCCCGGAUGGGGAAAAAUACCAAAAUAACUUGAAAGAGCAAAAAAAAGGCCAAAGGUUGGACCUCAACACACAUGGUUUCACAACUGAGGACCUCAAGAGCGCUCUUGAAAAAUUCAAAGAGGGAGCAGGGGCUGAAAAGGAAGAUAAGGCCCAACAGGAAGAGGUCAGACGACGUUUCCGCCCUAUUGAAGAUCUGAAGAAAGACUUCGAAGCUUUGAAUGUUGUCAUCGAGAGUGACCUCCAGAUUAUGGUUCGGCUGAUCAACCAGUUCAACAGUUCUAGCACCACCCUGGAAGAGAAGAUAAUGGCUCUCUAUGACCUGGAAUAUUAUGUCCAUCAGAUGGACAAUGCCCGGGACCUGCUCUCCUUUGGAGGUCUUCAGGUGGUGAUCAGUGGGCUCAACAGUACUGAGAACUCGCUGAAGGAGUAUGCUGCUUUUGUGUUAGGUGCUGCUUUCUCCAGUAACCCCAAAGUCCAGGUUGAGGCCAUAGAAGGUGGUGCCCUCCAGAAGCUGCUGGUCAUCCUGGCAACUGAUCAUCCUUUGGCUGUGAAGAAAAAGGUGCUGUUUGCACUGUCUUCGCUCCUUCGGCACUUUCCCUAUGCCCAGCAGCAGUUCCUGAAGCUCGGCGGCUUGCAGGUCCUGAGGAGCUUGGUCCAUGAGAAAGGCAUGGAGAUGUUGGCCGUGCGUGUGGUCACCCUGCUUUAUGACUUGGUUACUGAAAAGAUGUUGGUGGAGAGUGCUGAAUGUGGCCAGGAUCCCCCUGAGGAGAAGGUGCAGCAGUACCGCCAGGUGGAGCUCAUGCCAGGACUGCAGGAGCAAGGCUGGUGUGGCAUUGUUUCGGGGCUGCUGGGGCUGCCUGAGCAUGAUAUGCGGGAGAAAGUGCUCCGGACUCUGAGUGCCCUCCUCAGCCCGUGUCGGGACCGUUACCGCCAAGAUAUCCUCCUCGGCAGCACCCUCCAGGGCUUACGGGACGAGUACCAGGAGCUGGCUGCUCUGGAGCAGCAGGAUGGGGAGGAGAAUGGCUACUUCCAGGAGAUGCUAGGCACCAUCGAUGGCUUCAUCCAGGAGCUUCGAUGAGCUCCCCCUCGGGGAGUGGUGGCUUCAGAGGAGCUCUUGUGGAUGGAGGGAAGACUUCCAGCACCGCCAUUGAAGCAUCCUGCUGACUCUGUACUGUCCAUUAAAUGGAGGUGUUGAGAGGUG